AUUAUUGUCUGGUGAAGUUUUCUACUAAAUUUUAUACAAAUUCUGAAAAUUAACUUUUCCUUUAUAGUUAAAAGUAUAUAAUUACUAUCAUAGUAUUGCUUCUACAUUAGUUUAACAAUUAAAUAGAUUGUUAAUAAUUUGAGAAAUUUCUUAUUGCAUCAAAGUAUUAUUAAUGAACUAAAGCAUUCAUAGUGUGAGCAAGUUUGUUAAAUCAAGAGUUUUUUAAAAAUUUCAAAAUUAUUCAUAUUAAUAUCUUUUCAUUGCAUGAUAGGAAAUGCCUCCAACCAAGAAAAAUGGAUCAUCAGCUACCAGGAGGAAGCAUACCAACUCCAAACUUGGAUGUUUAAAUUGUAAAAGAAAGAAAAUAAGAUGUAAUGAACAAUUACCAAUUUGUGGGAAUUGUUUAAAAGGUAAGAAAGAAGUUUGUUCAUAUUUGAGUUUAAAUCAAGCUGAGACUGAUCGUAUUAGAUUAACUCAUUCAUUAAGGAAUAGUCAAAAUAAAUUAUUGAAUCAAGAUUAUAGAUUACCUACAUCAUCAUCAAAUCCGAAUAUCAGCGAUGAUAUUGAUAAGGAACAAGUAGUUAAUAAAAAUCAAAAGAAAGGUGAUAAAAUUUCACUUGAAUUUAAAUUUGAAUUAAGUAGACUACCACUACGAUUCCCAUCAAUAUCAUAUCCUCCUGUACAAUUUAGUAAUAUGACAAUUAAUGAUUUUUCCAAUGAAUUUAAGGUAAUUCAUGAUUCUUCUUCUGAUGAAUCUGAUGCAAAUAAGAAUAUUAAAUCAGGUAAAGCAUUACCUAAUGCACUUAAUUUGAAGACUCUGUUUCAUAAAUUUAAUUAUUCUAAAAUCAGUAAACGAGUUGAAAGGAAAAUUAAUGGGAAUGAAAGUAAUGAUAUGAAUUAUCAUAUAAUUCUUGGAAAAAUCAAUAUAAUGGAUUAUUUUAAUGAUUUCUUAAUUGAAAUGUCUACUAAUGAACCUUAUAUCGAGAUUGUUCAUGAUACAUUUAUUUGUUUAGGACAUACAGCAAUUCUUAAUCAAUUUCAUCAAUUAUUAAAGUAUAAUUCUAAAUUUAAACAAACUUAUAAUUCAACAUUUGUUGAUGAUUUUGAAAAGAAAUGUUUUGAAAAGCAUGGAGCCAUAUUAACUAAAUUAAGAUAUGAUAUAGUUAAAUUUCAAUCAUGGCAUGAUAAUUCCCAAAAUGAUGAUAGAUUAGAAUAUUAUACAUCAUUUUUAGGAUAUGCAAGUUUCUUUCUAACAUUUUCAAUAAUUCCAUUAAAUUUUAGUGCUGAAAGUUAUUUUAAUUCUUCAAAGGGAAUAUUUGCAGUAUUUGAAGUUUAUAAUUCAAAAAUUAAAGAUGUGGAUAAAGCCAGUCCAUUAUAUUUAUUUUUAUUAUAUAAUAUGCAUUUUAAUCUUACAAGUAUUAAUGUUCCAUCAUAUAAUCCUGAAUUUAUGAUUGAAGUUCAAAGAAAUCUUAAUCUGUUACUGUUUAUUUAUAAAAAUGAUUCAUUAAAAUUUAAAGAUGAUGAUUUAAACUUUUGGUUUGAUAGAUUAAAAUAUCAGUAUAACAAUUUAAUUAAUAUAUUUGAUGAAAAAUUAAUGCCAAUAUUAUUUAAAUCUCGAGAUGAAAAUUUUGUAACUACUUAUCCUGCAAGUAUAAUUUAUGAUAUUUUAAAGAAAUGGUUUUCAAUUUUCCCUUCUGAAGCUAUGGCAUAUAAUCCUAAUAAUAAUUCUAAUAAUUAUCAUGAUGAACAAGUAUUUUUAAAUGAUUUAACUACUACAUUAUAUGUAUAUUAUCAAGCAAUAUCUGCUUCAUUAAGUGCUAUAUUUUCAUCAUGUAAAUAUCUUUAUGGAAUGAAUUAUAUGUCACCUUGUUCAACAGUAUUUUAUCAUGAAAGAAAAAUUAUGGAAACUAAUAAAUUUAAUCCAUAUCAUCAACAAUAUUUUAAUUUCCCAAUUGAUGGAAUUUUACAACGUCAUAAUUAUUAUGCUAUGAGAUUAUUAUCAUUUUUUAAUCGUAGAAAUACUUUUUAUCAAGAUCAUUUAGAAUGGUCUUCUACUCCAUAUAAUGAUUAUUUAAGGAAUAAUCGAUUAAAAUCAAGAUCAAUUAAUUCUUAUGAAGUACCUAUAAAAAGUUUUACUACCACUUUAAUUCGUCCUGAACAUUAUCCUACUAAAUUAGAUGUUUCAUCUACUAUGGCUAACUUUGUAUUCACCCGACGUGAUGAAACUAUGAUCCAGAAACUCUAUGCUAGAAAUAUUGAAACAUUAAACUUUUUCGAUCAACAUUCAAUUCUACAAUUUGAUUAUGAAACCAUGUUACUUUUACGAGAUUAUCGUCCUAUACAUGAAGCCCGAAUUAAUGGUCAAAAAGUGGAUAUGGAUAAUAUCCGAGAGUACUACGAAGACAAGAGCAUUAUCUUGAAUAGCAUAAUAUAG